CUCCCGCAGCGACCAAGAACCCAUUCGAAAAACAGAGCAGUAGCAGAGCGGAGCAGAGGAGGAAGAGGGGCAGCCAAGCCAUGGAGAUGGGAGACAGCUUCGAGUACUACUGGGAGAUGCAGCGCUUGUUCGAAUCCGACGAGCUCAGCGUCUACCUGAAUGGCGCGCAGGAAGACGCGCUGUCCUGCUACGACUCCAGCUCGCCGGACGGGUCCUUGUCCAACUCGUCCUGGGCGCUGGCGCCGGCGGUGACCGCGGCGGACGACGCCAGGGGGCCCGGCGCGGCCGCGGCCGAGGGCGGCGCGGCGGAGGGGGCGGCCAAGAACAUCAUCAUGGAGCGCGACCGCCGGCGCAAGAUGAACGAGAAGCUCUACGCGCUGCGCAGCGUCGUGCCCAACAUCACAAAGAUGGACAAGGCGUCGAUCAUCAAGGACGCGAUCGAGUACAUCCAGCAGCUGCAGACGGAGGAGCGGCGGGUGCUGCAGGAGCUCGAGGCCGGCGGCGGCGCGCGGCGAAUGGACGAGUACGGGUACGACGAGGGCGCGCUCCUGCGGGCGGAGCGGGCGAAGAGGCUGAAGCGCGCGCGGCCCGUCGCCCCGGCGGCGGCGCCCGUGGAGGUCCUGGAGCUGCGCGUGUCGGAGGUGGGCGAGCGCGUACUGGUGGUGAGCGUGACGUGCGGCAAGGGGCGCGACGCCAUGGCCCGCGUGUGCCGCGCCGUGGAGGAGCUCCAGCUCCGCGUCGUCACCGCCAACAUCACCUCCGUCGCCGGCUGCCUCAUGCACACCAUCUUCGUCGAGGUGGAUCAAGGCGACGACCGUGCUCGGAUGAAGCGCACCAUCGAGGCCGCCCUCACGCAGCUCGACACCGCCGCCGCCGGGAGCCCCCCGAGUCUCAUGAGCUACUAGUUCUUUCGACUGACGUCAUCAAGAAGAUAUCUACUAGCUACGGUCGUUUGAGGAUCGAUCGUGUAAUUAAUCCCACCAGUCGAGUCCGCCGAUGCUUUUUUUGGAGGGUGUGUUUUUUUGGGUGGUACCCCAUGUACAUACUAGGAGGUGACCGAGCGGGGCAGCAGGCCAGGAACUUUGUGUGACGACAGGGCUAUUAGGGAAAAAGAUGCAGUGAUCGACCUAGCAAAUAAGAAGGGGGUCCACUUUGCCUAAAUCUCAAGGAAUAACACUUGAUUUGCUAGCUACACAAUAAUACGUUGUUGUCAUCUCACGGCCGAGAAACUUUUGAAUACUACGUUGAAAGUAAUUCAAAUUCA